AGCCGCAUGGACGUGUAUGUAGCACAUUCUCCUGCUGGAACAUCUGUAAAAAAUCUUGUUCAUUGGUCUCAGGUCUAUCAUAAAAACCGGUUUCAAGCAUAUGACUAUGGCACCAAGGAAAAGAAUAUGGAGAAGUACAACCAGGUGACUCCUCCUAUAUACAAGAUAGAAGAUAUAAAAAUACCCAUUGCUCUCUGGACUGGUGGGGAAGACUUAUUUGUGAACUCAAGAGAUUUCAAGGCAUUAAAACUACAAAUUAGUAACCUCAUUUAUCAUCAACAUAUUCCUGAAUGGCAACAUCUAGACUACAUUUGGGGACUCGAUGCAACUGAACGUAUGUACAUGGAUAUCAUUAAGAUAAUGAAAAGAUAUCAAUAAUUCCUUCUCACACAGAAAGCAUGCUGUGUGAUGACAAUUUGAGAACACACCCUGAGGCUGCUUUGACGUCUUAAUGCAGCUGAGCUGA